AGAUAAACGAAAUCAGCUGGAAAGUUUUUAUUGAGGUAGUUGAGCGCUCGCAUUCAUCUCACCUGGUAGUGCACCGCGUCUAUUGGUAACGAAGCUAUUAAGUGGCAUAUUCCGGAGCCACUUCUCAUCUGAGUGCUUGUGAACGGAAGAUCUAAAUCUCAGAUCUCGAAAUGUCGGAGCGAGAGGAUAACGUGUACAAGGCGAAGCUCGCCGAGCAGGCUGAGCGUUAUGAUGAAAUGGUGGAUGCAAUGAAGAAGGUGGCCUCCAUGAAUUCCGAACUCUCUGUCGAAGAACGCAACCUGCUCUCCGUAGCUUACAAAAACGUUAUUGGAGCUCGAAGAGCGUCCUGGAGGAUCAUCUCUUCCAUAGAACAGAAAGAAGAGAGUAAAGGUGCUGAGGACAAACUCGAAAUGAUCAAGCAAUAUCGUUCACAAGUUGAAACCGAACUACGCGAUAUUUGUAACGAUAUCCUCGAUGUGUUGGACAAGCAUCUCAUCCCUACAGCUACCACCGGAGAAUCCAAAGUAUUCUACUACAAAAUGAAAGGAGACUAUCAUCGAUAUCUUGCGGAGUUUGCGACCGGAGGCGACAGGAAAGAUGCCGCUGAAAACUCGUUGGUGGCAUACAAAUCUGCUUCGGACAUUGCAAUGACGGAGCUUGCUCCCACGCAUCCGAUCAGGCAAGUCAUGCGCUAUCCGGACCGUGCUUGCCGCCUUGCAAAGGCCGCCUUCGAUGAUGCAAUCGCGGAACUCGACACGUUGUCUGAAGAAUCCUACAAGGAUUCCACGCUCAUCAUGCAGCUUCUGCGCGACAAUCUGACCCUGUGGACUUCGGACAUGCAAGGAGAAGGGGAGAACGAGAACCGAGAUGAAGUUCAGGAUGUUGAAGGUGAAGCCCAACAACCUGCCGCUGCUUCAGACGCCGCAUCGUAAUUCUAGUGAUUUCCUCUACCGCGAAGGGGCUGAUCUGAGGCUGAGUGGGAUUGAAGCAUAACUGAAGAACGAGUUGUGAAACUGUGAACUCCUUUAAUUUAAAGCGUGUAUGGUCGUGCGAAAACUUAAGAAGUUUGUUCUUGCAUUUGAUCUAGCGUGAAACUCGGCUUUCUUCCUUUUUUUUGUUGCUUGAUGCGUGGGUUUGAUCAGUAUUUUAUACGAAUAGUAACGGGACGAUCUUCGCGUUGGCAGGAGUUUGUGGAACCACCAAUGUUCGUUUCUUCGUCUGUUUGUGUUUUCUUCUGUCUUCUCGUCUUUCUUUUUUUCUUGCUGAAGGCGGAAUUGUAAGAUAUCUAUGUCACCUCUUCCGUUUUUUUUUUCUUUGUUUUCUGGAAGAGAAAUUCUGUUUUUAGUCCGAGUUGGUUGUGUGGGUCAGCCCCUGGGUUCUUCUUCACUUGAGGCGCCCUUGCUGUAAUGGAAACUCAAUUGCUUGGUAAGAAAUCUCACGAGGAACCUGUUGAAAGAAAGCUGAGUGCUUUAGCGCUGGUUCGCUUCACGUUGGGAAGAGCCCAGUUUUAUCCUGACUGAAUCAAACACCUUAUUACAUUUUGUGAUUCGUACAUUGUUUGAAGUUGUUGAAUUAUCCUUUGCAUGCGUUUAGAAUGUAGAAGGGUUCGUUUCUGUUCUACCCCCGCGUGUCCCGGGCCCGAGAUUCUUAUUCUACAGUACGUUUCUUAAUCGGGUGUCUCGUCUGAAUUUAUUUUCCAUGUUCGUGGCAGGUCAGAUCAGGUUUAGGCUUCAACUGUCCAAUUUUGAAGACUUUAAAAUCGGGGGUAGAACAUAAAAGUACCACUAAGAGGAACAAGGUUGCCUUUUCAGUCCCGACUAGAGAGUUAGUUAGAGAACUUUCGUUUGGUUUUUUUUAAUUUUAUUUUUGUUUCGGCUUGAAAUCUUAGCAAAGUUGAAGCAAUGCUACCAAUGAACUGCUUUUUGUAGCCGCACGCGUGCUGUUUCAUUAGAGACCGUCGAUGUACUUGUGAGUUUCUACGGGAGUUGUGCGUAGGCAAGAGUUGUGCAUCAGCUUCGUGCGUGAAACCAAAGAUGAGAAGAAUUCGUAUUCCUGAACAUUUGGCCCGCGACAGGGUCCCGAUGUGGUGUUUUUACGUCAAUAGCCCUGCACUUGUUUUUUUUUUUUUUUGUUGGUUGAGUUGGAUGCAUUCCUGUUCGUGACGGGUUGUGUAGUCGAUGUUCUGCUCUUGGAAAGAAGAAGACAUUUUGCGUGUGUUGGAAACCUAAUCGUCGUCGGAAAAAAAGAUAAGCGUUUCUAUGUUCAUAAAACUUGUAAUACGUUGAGAUGCUGUCGGGCGCAGUCUUGUGUCGCUCAUGCGCAACCUUCCGAUUCCGAUAGAUGGAUAUCUAGAUAGCUGGAGGGUGGGGAGGGGAAAUGAUUUUCUCUCUUUCCAGACCGAGUUUCUUUUUUCCCCCCACCUCCUUCCCAGAGAAUGACUGAUCUGAAGAAGCCAAGAAAAAUCGGAUUUGGUUGACUUCUCUGGUUCCGGAACCCCGGCAAGGGGGCUUGUGCAUUGAGUUUGGGAUGAGUGGUGCGGGCUGUGGCCCCGCGGCAGCCGUUGGAUCUUAUUUUACGAACUUUUGUUUGGUCUGGUAUCUUGCGGACUUAAGAAUGAAGGAAUUCCGGGAAUAA